GGUUGCCCACUUCCCACCUCCUCGUCUUCUACGUCAAGUUCUGCAGGAACAUAUACCACUUCGGCGUCAUCUUCAUCAACGACCACCGACUGCAGCGGUAUUCUGGGUCUGGGAAUUGGUUGCACUCCCUCCUCUACGUCGACGACGGAUUCCGCUACAUCGACGACAGGUUCCUCUACCUCUGUUACCGCGACUGCUACUACUGCUGUCACGACUGGUACGAGCUCGAGCAAUGGCACAUCCACAGCAUCUGCUUCAUCGACCAUCAUCAGCUUCCCAAAUAGCACGACCACGAGUGGCACCCUUAACGAGACAUCCAUGACGUCGUCGUCGAGUACCCAUAUGCCUACGACCACGAAUUCCAACUACCAGUACCUGUCCACGGUCUCAUCUCUGCUUGUCAAUACCGCAACAUCCACGUCCGUAGCCUCCCCAACUAAUUCGAAUCCUGAUGUCCCGACGACGACGUUCUCGCUCGCAUCCGCUCCGCCAGCCAGUCAGCCUUCUGCAGCACCAAUCCCGACAUAUCUCCCGCAGGCUAUUAUGCCACAGCCUCAGCUCAAUGUUCAAGACGUGCCAACUACUGAUACCCUGAUCAGCGUGCUGUUCAAUCAGUCCCUUAACUGGGAGUGGGUUGCAACGAAUUCGGAUACCCAAGGGCAAAUAUUUGAAUACUUCCCCACGAUAAUUGCGACAGCACUUGGAAUUGAUGCUUCUCAGGUACAAAGCUACGAGCUGCUGGUCUACGAACCCUCGUCGUACACCGGCAUUCAAGACGUCGCACAGCUUGGUACCCUGUGGCAGGGUUAUAUCUCUAAUGACCAGGUCUCCACACUCGCCUCGCUCAUCUCCAAUAAAAAGUCCGCGUUCUAUACUGGACAAGCAGGCAGUAUACCCUCGUCGCUUGCCCAAUGCGUUGACCCCACUCUUGAUCUGUCGUCCAUUUCAGGUCCCACUCCAGGCGGCAGCAGCACUAGCAGUAGUUCAAGUUCUUCUAAAGUCCGCCAAGACGCGAUCAUCGGUGUCGUAACAUCGCUUGGUGCCAUCGCGCUCAUUAUCCUUGCUAUCGUCGCUUAUCGGUACUACAAGCGCCGAAAAGAGGUGUCCCAUCGCCGUCUCUCUGAAACUGUCGGCGAUCCCGCAGGCGUCCGCCCUGAUGGUCAGGACUUUGAUCGGGAUAGCAUCGGCGGCCAGCGCAGGCGGAGCUUUUACUAUGCGGAAGACAGCUUACGUGGAUACCAAGGUGUCCGGGGUGAUGAUGACGGUUACGAGCGCCGUGUCACUCCUGCCAUGAGGGAGCGUCGUCACCUCAACCCUGGAACUAUUUCCGCACCCAUUCUGCGAGAGAGCAGCAUGAACUGGUGAAGAGGAAGCCUUCUCCCAGCUACGUAGGAUGCUGUGGUCAUUGCAAAUACGCAAUUUUGAAUGCCUGUUCGGUUUAAAGUUGUUUGUGUAGUUUUGGCUGCGGUGAGUUCUUGAUCGUUGUGCCCGUCAUUUGUUAGCGCCCACGAUCCUUUUCAUAAGUAAUUACUGCUCGUCACGGGCUGGCCUGUACGUUCUGAUGACAGUAUACAGUAUAUGGUUCUUUGUGUACUGUUCGGACACUUUUUUUUGUGAUUCGUUUUUACUAAUACCCGGGGUCAAGGUUUUUGUUUUCUGAAUAGCUGUUAACUAUUG